AUGGACCGGCCAGAUUCUCAUUCGCCUAAUACACCCAGUGCCAAAGCGCCAGUGCCGCCGCUUCUGAAUACACAUGCGCCACUCCCGCCCAUGUUGCCUGUGCCGCAGCUUCAGCAACCUUCGCAGCACCUUCUGCAACCCACUACUCAACAGCUUCUGCAGCCAUCGCAGCACCUCCCGCAUCCAGCGUCGCAGCACCUUCUGCAGCCAUCGCAGCACCUUCUGCAGCCAUCGCAGCACCUCCCGCAUCCAGCGCCGCAGCAUCUUCUGCAACCAUCACAACAUCUUCUGCAGCAGUCACAGCAUCUCCCGCAGCCAACUUCACAACAUCUUACGCAGCAACUUCCGCAUCCGCUUCUGCAGCCUUCGCCUAUGCAUGGCCUGCCCGUUCAAGGCGCUGUGCUCCAGCACUUUUCUCCUCCCCAUUAUCCCUCUGCAUAUCCACCGCAGUUUCUUCAGCAAACAGCACCUCAGUAUUCACUGCCCAUGAUGCCAGUUUCGUAUGCAUACAUGGGCAUGCCAAUGGGCGCACCUGUUGCGUCACCUUAUGCCAUGAUCCCCGUUGAGCAUCGCCAAAUGGCAUAUGCAUACGGCGGCUACAACGUUGCAGCGCCGCCAGGACCAGCGCCAGCGGCCAACAAGCAUCGCCGUUUCCGCAGGCGCUACUACCAGAUUUUCCGCAAGUACAACUGCACUUUCCCCGGAUGCACCAAGAGCUACGGCUCGCUCAACCACUUGAACACACACAUUGUCACGAAAAAGCACGGGCUCCGCAAGUCCAAGCAAGACUUCAAGCAUGUGGACGAAAAAGGUGAUCCGCGGGCGCAGCGAACUUACAGCAUCCGACAUGAAGGUGCAUCAUCACUGGGCGCAGGGUCUGCGCCCGCUUCGCCUAAAGAGCCCGACGUGCUGUCUCCGCGUUCCCGCGGCGACGGCGACGCAGAGUCUGCCGAGCAUGUCUACGAGCACGAACAUCGCGAACACGAGCAGUCCGAACAUGAACAGCCCGAACACGAACAGGCCGAACAUGAAGAUGAUGAGCGGAAAACAGCGCCGCAAGACAUUGUGCUGCCAGUACAAGAGGCGGCACCGGCACCGUGGGAAAAAAAAACUGAGCGGGCUUGGUCUUACACGCUGCCACAGUCGGACUUGGGCUUGGCGCGGACGCUUCCGCCUGCCAUAGGAUUGGCCUCCGCCACACGCGAGGCGAUUCGGUUGCCCCUGCUCCCAUCCAUCAUGGAACGAUGCAACCCGACAGCGUAA